CUGGAAUUGAUAUUAAAAAUUCUUUUUACAUUCCUUAAAAAUAAUAAAGACAAACAAGGUGAAUUGAAAAUUAUUAAUGACAUUAAGUGAUUUGUUGGCAUCAAUUGAAAUUUUAUUCUUUAACUUGUGAUCGUAACAAAAUUUGAUAUUCCUUUAAUUAACCCGAAGUUAUAAAAACUUUCUUAUUGGAAAUAUUUGAAAGACAUUAGAAAUGCCUGAAGUUCAUACACAACAAAUGUUAAAUGACAACAUGAUAACCGAGGAAGAAAAAGCCCAGAAAAUUGAAGAACUGAGAAAAACAAUUGAAGAAUGUCCCUCUUUGAAUAUUCGGACCGACGAUAUUUAUCUGAAAAGAUUUCUUAUCUGCUGUAAUUGGAAUGUUGCAGAUGCGUUAACUCGCAUUACAAAACUCUUCAAAUUAAAGUUUGAAAAUCCAAAAUGGUUCUCGAAUAAAAAGUUAACCGAUUACAGAGAUAUUUUGAAGCAUAACGCGAAAAUUAUGUUGCAUGGAAGAGACAAGAAAGGUCGACGUGUCUAUCUUAGCCGAAUGUUGGGAGCGGGAAAUUUGAAUUUGAUGGAUCUCGCACAACUUGAUGACUUGUGGAUGGAAGCAAUGUUGAAUGAAGUUGAAACGAUUGAAAAUGGAAUCGUUGUUCUCCUCGAUAUGAACGGAUAUUCAUGGAAAAUGAUGAAGUGGUUGGCACCUGGCAAUGUUAAAGUCGCAUCUACAAAAGCUGAUCUUCUUCCAGUAAAGCAUAUGGAAGUGCAUGUUGUUAAUUCAUCAUCACUGAUGAAUGCCGCAGUUUCCUUAGUCUUUCCAAUCCUAAGCCAAUCAAUAAAAGACCAAGUUUACUUUCAUUAUCAGAAUUUCCCAUCACUUCAUGAACAUUUGGGACGAGAAGUUUUACCAGCUGAAUAUGGAGGCUUAAAUGAAAAUCUCAAAUUCGACGAGUUAGCGAAUUAUCUCUUCAAACAUGAAGAUCAUCUGAAUAAAUCCAUAAUCUAUGGAUAUACUUCGGAGCCUACAAAAGCCAUUAAAGAAAAGAAAAAAACUCAUUCCAAAGGAAAGGAAAAUCGUUUAAAAAAAGAAGAAAUGAAAUCAAAUAAAUCAAGCAAAUCAAAUUCACCAUCGAAAAGUCCACGGCAUAUAAUUUCGCGAUCAUUUUUAAUCGAUCCACAUGCUGAAUUUGAAGCGGAAUUGAACAGGAAUUUAGAUAUGACAUGGCGCGAAAAAGCAGAAAAGGAAUUAAACGAAAACAAUGAAGCUAUAACAAAAAUGAAACAGAUGAGAAAGUUAAUUGCUGAAAGUGAUAUCAGUCAGAAAGGCCGUGAAGAUGAAGCAUUUCUUUUAAGAUUCUUGCGAGCUAAAAAGUUUGACGUUGAUAAAGCAUUUAAAAUGAUUCAAAAGUAUUAUUGGAUGAAGGAACAUUCACCAGAAUUGUUUUACGUGUCACCACCAUCUGAUCUCAAAUCAAUGCUGGAAAUGCAGAUUCAAUGCAUGUUGCCACAGAAAGACAAUCACGGCCGACAAGUUUAUGUUUUUCGUGUUGAAAAAUGUGAUCCGUACAAAGUGCCAGUCGAACACGUUUUCCGAAGUAAUGUGCUUGCUCUUGAAGAUGCAAUUCGUGAUCCGGAAACACAAAUUGGCGGUUUGGUAGUUCUUCUUGACAUGGCUGGAUUAGGCUUCGCACACGCUCGUUAUUUAUCACCCCAUUUAGCAAAGAGAACUGUUGAAGUUGUACAAGAAGCUUUUCCAAUGAGAUUCAAAGCUUUUCAUAUUCUUCACGAACCUUUUUAUAUGGAUGCGAUCCUCUCUGUGCUUAAGCCUUUCUUAAAAGAUAAAAUCCGACGAAGGAUUCACUGCCAUGGAAAUGAUUUAAAUUCACUUUACAAGCACAUACCAAGAGAUUGUCUACCAUCAGAAUAUGGUGGAACACAACCACCCUUCGAUAACUCAAUUUGGCGCCAACGUAUAUUAAAUAAUGAGGAAUACUUCAUAAGAUUGGAAUCUUAUAACGAUGAGGGAAUGAUCAAUAAUAAUUCUUUCGACAUUUAUCAUCACAAGAAGAGCAGCAUUAAUGAUGAGAUUGGUGACGAAGAAAUCUUCUAUGAAGCUGAAGAUGAUGCUGACGAUAAUAAAUCACUAGACGUUGAGAUUGAUGGCAACAGUAUUAAUUAUAUCGACACUGAAACUGAAGAUUCCGAAGAAUAUGAGUCAGAUCGUGUCUUGUCGCCUAAGAGAAAAGCUCCUCCCGUUGAAACAUUGGAAGAGAUGUUUUUAAAGCAUGAAUUCAGCACGUUUACUUUGGAAGAAAAAGAGUUCGAUGCUGUCAAAACUUAGGAUAUCUUGACGUGAAAACAUUCUUUUCCCAUUUAUCAUUCAUAAUCUGAUGUACCUAAUCUUAUCAUAGGCUACUGAUCUUCAUAUAUUUUUCUAGGUGAAAGAUUCAAAGUAUUUUUCUAGAUUUAUCUUACAUGUAUGCGCAUUACCCUCGAGUUUUUUUAAAUAAGUAAUGAGGUGAUUUCUGGUGGUGAUUGAUGGCUUAUGAAUAUUUUUUUUUAUGUUCGAAUUAUUUCUACUUAUUGUGAUUGAUUAUCGCAUGACUGUCUGCAGCUUUUUAAUCUUUAGAAUAACAUAAAUAUAAAAUUCACUUAACAGUGAGUUUAUAAUCUUGUUUCAGAAAUUAAUUAAUAUGUUAAAAGUUUAUAACAAAACACUUUAUUGGAAAUUUUGCACUCACCUCUUUAGUCUUAACAUACAAUG